AUGGCGCCUGCAAAGGACAUUCCCAAGUCCAACGCCAGGGCUUGGGAGGCCCUCACCCCGCCGCUCGCGCAAUGGAUCCUCGACGCCGUGUCAACCAUGGGCUUCCCGCAAAUGACGCCCGUCCAAGCAGCCACCCUGCCGCACUUUAUGGGCAACAAGGACGUCGUCGUCGAGGCCGUCACUGGCAGCGGCAAAACGCUGGCCUUCCUGAUCCCCGUGGUUCACAGGAUUCUGCGCCUCCAGGACCCGACGAAACGACACCACGUCGCUGCCAUCAUCGUUUCUCCCACGAGAGAGCUCGCCGCGCAGAUCCACUCGGUCCUCUUGUCGCUGCUAGCCUUCCACACGCCGUCCGCCGAGCUGCUGCCGCGCCUCGACGACGACCAUGACGACGAGAAACGGCCCUCGACCGCCUUCCCCGUCGUUGUCCCUCAGCUCCUGGUCGGCGGCACAACGUCGACGGCUCAGGACCUCGCCUUCUUCCUGCGCCACAGCCCCAACGUGCUGAUAUCGUCCCCCGGGAGACUGGUCGAGCUGCUGUCGUCGCCGCACGUCCAUUGUCCGCAGUCGUCGUUUGAAGUGCUUGUGCUGGACGAGGCUGACCGACUGCUCGACCUGGGCUUCAAGCAGGACCUGCAGGCCAUCCUCUCGCACCUGCCCAAGCAGCGUCGCACCGGCCUCUUCAGCGCUAGCGUGAGCGAAGCCGUCGGCGAAAUCAUCCGCGUCGGGCUGCGCAACCCGGUCAAGAUAGAGGUCCGGGUCAAGAUGAAGGGUGGCGGCGGCGCCGUCCUGGAGGACAGGAAAACCCCGGCCAGUCUGCGGAUGGCGUAUCUCGUCAAGCCGGCGACGCAGAAGCUACCCGCGCUGGGCCAGCUUCUCCAACGCCUCCCCCUGGCGCCCCAGCGGACCAUAGUGUUCCUCUCCACCUGUGCCGCCGUCGACUAUUUCCAGCACGUGCUCCCCAUGGUGGUCCCCGGCGCCUUCUCGCUGAUCCCCCUCCACGGAAAACACGCCGCCAAGGUCCGGGAAAAGAAUUUUGCCCGGUUUGUGCGCUCCGUGUCGCCCACGAUCCUCCUCACGACAGACCUGGCGGCCCGAGGCCUGGACAUCCCGCAGGUGGAUCUCGUCGUGCAGGUGGACGCGCCGUCCGACCCAAAGGUCUUCAUCCACCGAAGUGGGCGGGCCGGGCGGGCCGGGCGCAAGGGCCUGGCCGUCGUGAUGCUGCACCCCGGCCGCGAGGAGGACUACGUCGGGUUCCUGGAGAUCCGCAAGACACCCAUAACCCCGCUGGACAAGCCCGCCAUCUCCGUGUCGGCCGAGGCCGCCGCCGCCGCCACGGAGCAGAUGCGCGCCCUGGCAAAGACGGACCGAGCCAUCUACGACAAGGCCCAGCGGGGGUUCGUCAGCUGGGUGCGCAGCUACGCGGCCCACCAAGCCACGUCCAUCUUCCGAGUCGCCGACCUCGACUGGGCCGACCUCGCCGACGCCUGGGGCCUGCUCCGCAUGCCGCGCAUGCCGGAGCUCCGGGCCUGGCCGGGCGACCGGACGCUCGGCGUCGACCUCGACUGGGACGCCUUCGCCUACCGGGACAAGGCGCGGGAAAAGGCCCGGCAGGACGCCUUGGAGGCCGAGCGCAGCGGCCAGGCCGCCAAGGCCCGCGCCGGCGAAACGUCGCGCAAGAGGAAGAACGAGGCCUGGAGCGCCAAACACUCCCACGAGGACCUCCGCGUGCAGCGCCGCGAAAAGAGGCGCCGCAAGAAAGAGGCCGAUAAGAAGGCCAGCAUGACCGACGACCAGCUCGCCCAGCAGAGCCACCUCGACGACCUGAUCCGCCAGGUCAGGGAGCAGAACGCCGCCGCCGCCAGGGAUGACGUCGAGUUCCACGGUUUUGACGAGUAG